CGUUCCACCCAUCUUCAUCACGAAUACCACUAGGUUUAGCGACGGUCGCGACCAUGAUACUCAGAUCACUUGCCCUUGGGGCGCUAUGCUUAUCAAGCUUCCAGUUUACCGUCUCACUCUCUACCAGCGACAUCCCAGCGGACACGCCCGUCUCACAGCUGAUCGCAAGCGCCAAUGCCAACCUUCAGCAAGGCAAUGCACAGGACGCGCUCACAUACUUUGACGCCGCUAUUCAGAGGGAUCCUUCAAACUACUUGACGCUUUUCAAGCGCGGCGCAACGUAUCUCUCCUUAGGCCGCAACGCCCAGGCAAGCAGAGACUUCGACCAAGUGCUGGCCAUCAAGCCCGGCUUCGAAGGCGCAUUGACGCAGAGAGCCAAGAUCAAGGGCCGGAAUGCAGACUGGACCGGCGCGAAGCAGGAUUACGCCGCAGCCGGUAAGCAAGGCACGUCGGACUGGGCUCAGCUGGAGGAGGCAGAGGGCGCGGCGAAGCUAUCUGCAGAUGCGGAGAAAGCAGGUGACUGGGAGUCGUGUGUGACGCAAGCGGGCGUUGCUAUCAUGGUAGCGAGCACGGCGCUGGAACUGAGGCAACGGAGAGCAAGAUGUCGUUUCGAAAAGGGCGAAGUGAUGGAAGGUGUUUCCGAUCUCAACCAUGUGCUGCAAAUCAACACUGGCUUGACCGAGCCGCACCUACAGAUUGCAGCGAUGACCUUCUACUCUCUUGGCGAGCUGGACAAGGGUGUCGCUGCCAUCUCCAAGUGUCUACACAACGAUCCGGACAACAAGGCUUGCGCAAAGCUGCGGAAGUCGGAGAAGGCAGUCGAGCGUUCGCUGAAGAAGUUCAACCAACUCUUCGAGAAACGGCAGUUCGCCUCGGCGGUCAAGCUACUCGUUCCGCAAGGCGAGGAUGCCGGCCUUCUACAAGAGGUCAAAGAUGACACAAAGGCUUUCCGCGAAGCGGGAUACAUCCAUCCGAAAGCCGGCGACGGGCUGUACGCCAGCCUCUUGGAAAAGACGUGCGAAGCUUACAGUGAGAUGAAUAACCUCAAGAAAGCGCAGCCGUAUUGCGAAGAGGCUCUGACCUACAACCCUAAUUGUCUUCCCGCCCUGAUUAACAAGGCCCAACGCCUCAUAGACGCAGAGGAGUACGACCAAGCGCUCCAUAUGCUCAACCAAGCAAAGGACCACCACGGCAUGACCGGCAAGAUACAGGAGAUGAUGCAAACGGCGCAGACACGACUAAAGCAGUCGAAGCAGAAAGACUACUACAAAGUGCUCGGAGUCCCUCGCGAUGCCGAUGAGCGCGACAUCAAGAAAGCCUUCCGCAGAUUGACCAAGGAGCAUCAUCCGGAUAAGGCAGCGCAAAAGGGCGUGUCGCCGGAAGAAGCGCAAAAGAAGAUGUCCGCCAUUAAUGAAGCGUACGAAGUCCUUUCGGAUGCGGAGUUGAAGGAGAGAUUUGACAGAGGCGAGGAUCCGAAUGACCCUCAAGCGAACCAACAGAAUCCGUUCCAAGGUAGCCCUUUCGGUUUCGCGCCGGGUGGUCAACCCGUGUUCUUCCAGUCCGGCGGAGGCGGCGGACAGCGAGCGUUCAAAUUCCAGGCGGGCGGUGGCGGCGGCGGUGGGUUUCCGGGUGGGUUCCCGUUCGGUUAGGUAUCGAACAUCUGGCGCCAAAGGGAUGGCGAGCAGGAUAGUGAGGAUCGUGCGGAAUGAAAGAUUUAGCGCGGCGUUGGUUGGCCGGUUGUGGCGCGUUGUGCUAGUCGCGACAAGGCCUUGGUCUCUACCGUGUACGAAUACUGUAUGGUUUACACUUUGCUAAUGUCCAGUGCUUGUGCCUGUGGGAAUUGUUAUCAAC